AUGGCGGCGGUUGCAAUCGCGACCCUAUCCCUCACUUCAGUUCCUUGCAAAAAGCGGCUCCGGCAUGGUGCCAGCGCCUUCAACGCACAGCAAUUCAUUAACUCCAGCUCACACAGCUACUCUCUCACUCUAAGACCAAGACUGCCAAAACCGCGAGCCGCGAGCCGGGUCAUCGUCGCGCAGGCCGGCAACGGCAGCGGCAGCUACAAGGUGGCCAUCCUUGGCGCGGCGGGAGGGAUCGGGCAGCCGCUCUCUCUGCUGGCCAAGAUGUCCCCGCUCGUCUCGGCGCUGCACCUGUACGACAUCACCAACGUGGAGGGCGUGACCGCCGACCUCAGCCACUGCAACACCCCGGCGCAGGUCGCCGGCUUCACAGGUAAAGACGCGCUCGCGGGCUGCCUGUUGGGCGCGGACGUCGUGGUCAUCCCCGCCGGCGUGCUCCGGAAGCCCGGCAUGACGCGGGACGACCUGUUCAGCGUCAACGCGGGCAUCGUGCGGGACCUCGUGGCGGCGGUGGCAGACCACGCGCCGGGCGCGCUGGUGCACGUCAUCAGCAACCCGGUGAACUCGACGGUGCCGAUCGCCGCCGAGGUGCUGAAGCAGAAGGGCGCGUACGACCCGCGCAGGCUGUUCGGCGUCACGACGCUGGACGUUGUCCGCGCCAACGCGUUCGUGGCGGCGCGGAAGGGCCUCCCGGUCGCGGACGUGGACGUGCCGGUCGUGGGCGGCCACGCGGCUGCCACCAUCCUGCCGCUGCUGUCCAAGGCGCGGCCCAAGGCCGCCGCGGCGGCGUUCACGGACGAGGAGGUGGAGGAGCUCGCCGCCAGGAUCCGGGACGCCGGCACCGAGGUGGUGGAGGCCAAGGCCGGCGCCGGGUCCGCCACGCUGUCCAUGGCGUACGCCGCCGCGCGGUUCCUCGAGGCGUCCUUGCGCGGCCUCGACGGCCACGACGACGUGUACGAGUGCGCGUACGUGCAGUCGCAGGUGGUGCCGGAGCUCCCGUUCUUCGCGUGCAGGGUGAAGCUCGGGAGGGGCGGCGUGGAGGAGGUGCUGGCCUCCGAGCUCAGGGGGCUCACCGACUACGAGGCGCGCGAACUGGAGGAUCUCAAGCCCAGGCUCAAGGCCAGCAUCGACAAGGGCAUCGCGUACGUGCAGCAGAACCAGGAAGCAGCGUUGAACUGA